ACUAUAGCUGAUUCAUUCUCAGACAAUAUCGGAUAGAAACCUGAACAAAAUGGCCGAAGAAACAAAUGCAAAAAGUGAUAUUUUAAUGCACAAGUUGGAAACUGUUAAAGUCGUUGUCUUUUUGGAUAGAGCGGAAGUGACCCGUCAAUUAUCUACGAAGAUCGGAAAAGGAGAAAACGAAAUUGUUAUUAAAGAACUAAGUGAGUAUUUGGAUAGUGAGUCUCUUAGAGUUGAAGGAAAAGGUCAUGGUUCUAUUGUUGAUGUAAUCGUGAAAACCGAUCGAACUUGCUUAGAGAAAGUAGAAGAAGAGAAGAGAAAUGAGGCGGAUAUUAAAAAAGCCGAAUUAGAAAACGAAUUAAAAGAGCUUACACAAAAAAUUGCAUACUUGGAAAAAUCUGCACAAACCCUUCAAAGUCAAAAGAAUGUUCUCGAAAAUUUUGGAAAAAACAUACCAGAAAAAGAUAAAAAUUUUAAUGAGGAAUUCGUAACAUCAUUUGUCAGCUUUGUAAACUCUUAUGGAACAUCUAUGGAAAAGAUUAGUACGGGAAUAUUGGAUACAAACAGAGAAAUAGAAGAGUGCAGAGAAAAAGAGAGAAAAUUAAGAGAGAAAAUAUCUAAUCUAUUUCACAAAGUGACUAAAACAAAGACUCGUCAAUUGUCAAUAUAUGUUGAUGGUGCAGCGGAAGGGGAUAUCGAAAUUAUGAUAAGUUACGUUGUAAUGAAUGCUUCCUGGAAACCGAAGUACGAUAUACGUGUUAGUUCGAUUGAUCAAACUCUAAAGAUACACUACUAUGGCUUGAUAAAACAAACAACCGAAGAAGAUUGGAACGCUUGUCAAGUUUUUCUUUCAUCUGCUACACCCUCUAUAGGUGGCAAUCUCCCUAAGCUUGGCAAUUUUCAACUUAGUCUAAAACCUAAGUUCGUGCCUUAUGAGGAAAGAACUAAAAGUAAGGGUUUACCUCCCCCAGCUAGAAUGAUGAUGACCAGUGUGGCGUUAAAAAAAUCUAGAUCCAGAGCUUCAUAUGCUUCACAUGACACCAGCGAAAUUUUGGAAAUGUGUGAAGAGAGUGCAGAAGUAAAUGAAUAUUUAACUAGCACAACGUUUGAAGUUUCGAAGCCUGCUACUAUACCAUCGGACCAAGUUGAGCACAAGGUCUGCAUUGCAGUAUUGGAUUUGCAAGCUCAAUUUCAAUAUAAGACCGUACCAAGGAAAGCAGCUCAUGCCUACCUAAUAGCCAAGGUUACAAACAACUCAGACUACGCAUUUUUCCCCGGAAAAGGUAAUAUUUUCUUUGACAACAAUUUCGUUGCAAAAACGGAUUUCAAAGCGGUCUCACCAAAGGAAGAGUUCAGCUGCGAUUUAGGAAGAGAUUUAUCAGUUCGCAUUGAUUUCAAACCAGAACAAAAAUUCAAAGAAAGAACUGGAUGGGUGCACAGAUCGACUAUGACAACAUAUUCACAAAAUAUUGUUGUUAAGAACACAAAGGCAUUUCCAAUACAUAUUACAGUUAUAGAUAGAGUUCCCCAAUCUGUGGACGAUGAAAUAAAAGUCAAUCUUAUAGAGCCUUGCGGUUUAAAACUUGGACCCCAGGAAAAAGUGGAUUAUUCUAAGCCUAUCAGAAUAAAUAAGCAAAACAACAUUGAAUGGGAAUUCGAUCUAGGUAGUGGAAAAGAGAAAGCCUGCUUACUAAAAUAUUCUAUUGAACAUCCUGCCUCGAAACAAAUUGAUACAAUAGAAAUAUAUGAUAACGAAUAG